AUGACUUUUGUUCACUGCGGGUCUGAAGAGUGCACCAAAUCCGAACUAGACUUGUUCCAAAUAGCUCCUACGCAGACCAGCAUUGAGAAAAGCAUCUACAUCGAGGUGCCACCUCUGUCGGCCGUUAUGGAGUCUGCCCCCAUUGACUUUUUUAUAGCAGGGAAUGGUGUAGAUUGUAUGGAUUUAAACAACACGCUGCUGGACCUGUGUUGCAAAAUUAUAAAAGGAGACGGAACUGAACUCACCGUGGACGCCAAGGUGGGCCUGGUGAAUUACCCCGUGGCCUCUAUUUUCAGUCAGUUGGAUGUCACCCUGGGAGAAAGCGACAACUGUUACCCUUACAGGGCCUUUAUAGAAUCAGUGCUCAAUUACAGCGAUGACACCCUCUCAACGCAAUUUUCCGCUGGCCUCUUUUACAAAGACACUGCCGGACAACAGGAAGAAACAGGGUUGGAUGGCGAGAAUCUAGGGUUUGUGAGGCGUGCAAAGCUGACAGCCCAAAGCAGAAUAGUAGAGCUUCUGGAUCAUCUACACAGCAACCUGUUUUUUCAAGAAAAACUAUUGCUGAAUGGAGUGGAUGUGAAAAUUAAACUGACGUGCAGUAAAGAUGCUUUCUGUUUAAUGGGCAGUGGAACCGAAAGCUUUAAACUGCGCAUUCUAUCAGCAUCCCUUUUUGUGAAGAAAGUACGGGUGACCCCGAGCGUUCGUCUGGGGCAUGCUGAGGCCCUGCUUACCGCUAAUGCUAAAUACCCUGAGGACCAUGUGGGAAUGAAAGUGUUUAGCAUCCCUGCGGGCAGCAAGGUCAGUAACCAGGAGAACCUGUUUUUGGGACAGUUACCCAAAAUGCUUGUCCUAGGGUUUGUGGAUAAUGAUGCCUUUAGCGAAAGUUACACUAAAAAUCCCUUUCAUUUUAAGCAUUACGAUAUUAAUUUUGUGGCCUUGUAUGUGGAUGGUGAACAGAUACCAACCAAGCCUCUGCAACCAGACCUCGAGGCAGGACGCUGUGUGAGAGAAUACAUGAAUCUGGUACAGACGGCUGGUAAACACAUGAAAGAUCGUUCUCUGUUAAUGGACCGUGAGGAGUUUGUACAGGGUUACACCUUGUUUGCCUUUGACCAGUCCCCCGACCAGGAAUGCGCCGAUCACUAUUCCCUGAUUAAAACCGGGAACCUGAGAGCAGAAAUACAUUUUGGGAAGGCUUUAACCAUUACCAUCAAUAUGAUCGUGUAUGGGGUUUUUGACAAUGUCAUAGAGAUAAAUCAGAGGAGAAAUGUUCUGUUUGACUACAUGUGA